CACUUGGCCUAGUCACAGAGUGAGGAGUAAGUGGUCAUGUAAAGAAUAUGUAUCCUCAGCUGGAAAUAUCUCAAUUGGCAACAACCCUGUUUUCCUUUCUCCUGGUUAUGGUGGUCGAUGCCAGCAGAGCUGGCAAAUCAUGUAGGAGCCAAGCAUGUGGAAGUUCCCUGCCAAGGAGUUGGAGGUUCACCAGACUCUUACACAAGGAAUCUGAUGACCUCUUAAAAAUAUAUAAGACCAGUCAAGGAGACCUGUCCGAGCUCUUCUGCAAGAUGUCGAUGGACAACGUCCCUGACCCAGACAUAUCGGGCCUAGAUCCAUCAGCGCGGAUACAGAGCAUGUAUUCCCACAUCAAGACAUUCCUCCCACACCUCCAGAGAGUAACAGAGCAACAGACAGACCUGCAGAUCUUCUCCAAUCCUCUGCUGAGCAAACUGUCCGACACCUACAGCCGUACCAGCAGUUUAGGCAGCCAGAUCAGUUGCAUUUAUCAAACGCUCUUCCCUAACAGUCCACUACUGGAACCCGCGGGGGAACCCACGCCCCUGCCCCUGUCACAGAACAUCUUCCAGCAGAAGGUUUACGGCUGUGUGGUCUUGAAGAGGCUCAAGCAGUUCCUGUCAAACGCGACCCGUGAAAUAAAAGCGCUCAAACACCAAACAUGCACAAAGGGGACUCAACCAAACAUCCCAUCCUGACUGAGAAUGACGUCAGACUAAAUUAAAUACCAGACUUGGUAUAUAUCUAUUUAUUUAUUUUGUAUUAUUUAUUAUGUAUGUUUGUAAUAAAUUGAGGUCUUAACUAGCAUUUGUGUGUGUGUUUGUGUGACCGCAUGUGUGUGCAUAUUAUUUUGUUAAUUUAUCUAAUUGCUCAGCACUUUUCAAUACUGUAUCAUGAUAGUUGUUGAUAUUUGCAGAAAUGCAGCACUUGUCAACAACAUGGCUUGAAGACGGUUAUUAAAAAUUAUAUAUC